AUGGCCAUCGAAUUGCUGCCUCUCCCCCUACCUGCCUCGGCCGAUGCCUCCAAGUUCAACGACUUUGGUCGGGAAGUCAAGGGCGUGAGCCCUGGUACACUGUCAGAGGAGGAACUGGAGCAGGUUAAGGAGGCCUUAUACAAGCACGACGUUCUCUUGUUCCGCAACGCCGACUUCACCCCUGAGCAACAGUAUGCCCUCACUAAGGCCUUUGAUCCCCAAUCAGAGAGCUAUGGACACGGCAACAACAAAACCGAGAGCACCAAGAAAUCUAUCCUGCAUCCUGAUCUCAAGACCAUCCCAAGGGUCCCCCAGGUCCAGCUCAUUGGCAACGGGACCGUCUACAACCACGAAGGUCUUGCGGAAGCUAAGCUCAAGCAUCCUAGCCACACGACCUUUCACAAGACUCGCGUGUCCCCGGAAGACGAGGCGAAGGGGUAUACUCGUUUCUACCGCUGGCAUAUCGAUGCUGCUCUAUACGAUCUUUCACCGCCCAAAGUGACCACCCUCUAUGGCCUAGAGGUGCCGAAGGGCGAACCUCAGACCGUUCGAUAUGAUGACGGCACCGGAGACGAGCUUCACGUACCCCUCGGAACAACUGCCUUCGUAUCCGGUAGGACCAUGUUCGACAUUCUUCCUAUUGAACUGAAGAGCCUCGCCGUUCGUUCGAGAGUUAAAUACUCUCCCCACCCUUAUGUCUGGAUGGCCCCUGCUCACGCUAUGUCUACGGGUCUUGGUAUUGAAUCGGAGGGUCUGGAACUGCCUUUGGACGAACUACCUCCUUGGGAGGAGUCCAGGGUGAAGAUAUUCCCUUUGACAUGGAAGAACCCCGUUACUGGCGCUCUCCACUUCCAGGUGCAUCCUUGCGGUGUUUCUGAGCUCUUGGUCGCUCCUCUACCCGAGGGCGCUAAACGCGAAGGCGCUUUGUUCCCCGACGGUGCCCAUCUCACUAACCUCAAAGAAGUCCGUGAAUUGCUCUACAAGAUGCAGCGACCUGCUAUCGCGCCUCAGCUCAUCUAUCCUCAUGAUUGGCAUGAAAAGGACCUCGUUCUCUUCCACAACCGAGGCGUGCUGCACACCGUCGUUGGUGCCUUUACUCCGGACCAAGUGCGAGCCUUCCACCAAUGCAACUUGGCUGCCUCGAGCGAUCCUGUUGGACCCUCUGAGGACGAUGUGAAGAAGUGGGCUUAA